CUGUAUUCCAACGCCCUGCAACGCCACAGCAGCAAGCUGUCCUUUCGAGGGGCCAAGCAGAUGGGGCUGCUUCAUUCUUAUACUUGGUACAUGUACCUUUGCUUUUUUUCAACAAACAAGAACUGGCCGGCAUCAUCAACAAACUAAGACAAGGACGAUGCUGCUUCAUGGCUGCUUGGUCCUUGCUCUGGUCUGCUGUCUCGGACACGGCGCCGUGGCCUGGAACCACGUCACCCAGCAGCAACUCCAAGAUGCAUUGGACUCGAAUGGAUAUACGCUGGUUGCUUAUAGUGAAGCGCUAGAGCCUGAGUGGCUGGCCAUGCAGGAGACGGAGAAGGACGACAACAUCGUCAGUUUUGACUGCCAUGCCCAUUCAAUGGUUUGCAGUGAUCUCGAAGUGGCCUCGUUCCCAGCCAUUAGACUGUACCACCGCGAUGGGCGGAUUGACCGAUACCGCGGGCUAAGAAAGGGGCGAGAAAUUGCCAUGUUUCUCCACAGAAUGCUUCGCCCGCCAUAUCUCGAGACAGAUGAGCAUCUGUCCGGCGUGAUGACAAUGCUCGAUGAUGUUGUCGUUAUGGCUCACACUCAGCCUGACGACUGGGAUUUCUUUGACCAGUUCCGGUCCUUGGCCAACAAAUAUCGAGACCGUUUCAGUUUUGUUGCCGCACCCCCUGUCGGUGACACUUCAGUGCUGGUUUGUUACAGCAACAUCGACGACGUGAAGCACACGGCAUCGGACGUGGUGACGGCCGGGGCCAUGGAGAGCUUCAUCAACAUGUGCGCCGAGCCCCUUAUCCCUGACUGGACAGAAGGGGAUGACGCAAGAUACAGAUCGGCUGGGAAGAGCAUUGUGCACUACUUCGCAACUAGCGACGCCGAAAAGGAGACGUACAGGCAAGAGAUGCGAGCUCUGGCCAAGAAAUACGCCAAUACCCUACGUUUCACCAUUACCGACGCCAAUAAGGACCCGGACAGCUUGACCAAGUUCGGGCUCAAGCCUGAGGUGACCCAGAAGACGGGAUUAGCUCUGGAGAACACAACUACUGGAGACAUAUUCCUUUUUACCGGGCAUCAAGACGUCACCGCACCGGUUGUCGAGGCCUUUAUAGAGGACAUUACCAGGGGCAACGUCCAGCCGUGGGAUCGCAGAGUGAGAAAAGAGCAGAUAAGCAGUCAUGACGAACUCUAGAAUGGACAAACCUAUCACUACUACUAUCUACCAAUAACCACAAGCCACCUUAACCCUACUCCACUGAUAAAGUAGACAGAA